CCGUGUGAAGAAGUCAAGGCUAUUUUUGGUGAGGCCCGCCUUACUUGCUAUUUCUGUCAGCAGGAGGACGGAGGGCAGAAGAAGGGGAGGCAGGACUUGACUCAAGGGGACGGACUUUUCUUUUCUGCAACUUGCCUCUGUUAAGUCUCACUUCUUUUCCUCCUCUUGUGACUCACUGCACCGUCUGCAGGCAAACAGCAGCGGCUCCGUUGCCUCCAUCACCUCCUCGGCAGGUCUUUACUCUCUUGGAUGCACACGGACUUGUUUACUUUAAAAAAAAAGAAAAAAAAUUAAGCAUCCGCUCGGUGUUUGCUGGAUUUAACCGCGUCAAGACGCUGCUGUUGGGUGUUAACGGGUGUUAUCGGACAAGAUGGAAUCAGCUCCUCUGGGAAAAUCAUAAAGACAGAUCAACAGGACAUCAUAUCUCCUACUGUGGCAGAUUCUCCAGUGGCAGUGCCGGCGUUGUGUGCAGCCACCUUGUUUCCCAUGGACCUCAGGGUGGGAGAGCGGGGGAUGCGUCCGGGUUCGGACACGGCGCUCUUCACCCCACUGCACCCACCUUUACUCCUCACCCAGUUCCCCUCUCAGCCCUGCACCACCUUCUCCCAACAGCAACUGCACCAACAAAUCAGGUUUAACGUGGAGCAGAGGAGGAGAGAGCAGGAGCAACAUGAGAAGCAGCAGGAGUUACAGCAGCUGAAACACAAAGACAAGAGCCAACAAAGUGCAGUAGCCAGUUCCCUGGUGAAACAGAAACUGCAGGAGGUGAUUCUUAAUAAGCGCAAACAGGCGGCACAGGAAAGAACAAGCUCAAACACCCUGACUCCAGCUCCUGUGGCAUACAGAAAUUUGGGCCCAGACCCAAGUGUAUCCUCCCAGCCCUUGGUCCCAUCACCGUCCCAGCCUUCGCCCGAGGGUUCAGAAGGGACGCCGCUACGCAGAGCCGCGUCUGAGCCCAAUCUGAAGGUGAAACAUAAGCUGAAGAAACACCUCAACACCCGCAAGAGCCCUCUCACCAGAAAAGAGAGUGCCCCGCCCACUGUCAAACACCGAGUGCCUGACACCCUGGACUCGUCCCCCAGCAGCAGUAGCACUCCGGUCUCUGGCUGCAGUUCACCAAAUGACAGCCUGCCCAAUGAGAAUGGGCUGGUGCCCUCUGCAGGCGGCCUCUCGCAUGAGGCCCAGAAGCUGCUGCUCAGAGAUGGCACUCUGGCAAACUUCACCAUCCACAGCCCCUCCACUCUCCCCACCAUCACACUGGGACUACCAGCCAAUGCAAGGGUGGAAGGCGAGCUGUCCUCUCUGAAGGUCGGCCGUGUGCCUGUGCUCACGGCGGGUGGCUCGCAGGUCUUCCUCCCCCUGAGCAGAGAAGAUCAGGCUGGACACCCUCACCUGCCUGUCAUCAUCCUGGAGCCCUCUGCCCUGGUGCACACUCCGCUACUCACUGUUCCCGGAUUAGACUCCGUCCCGUUGCAGUUCGCCUCUCAGUUGGACCACCUGUCUCCGGGAGGCUCUCAGCCCCACAAACCCUUGAGCAGGACCCGCUCGGAGCCCCUUCCCCAGAGCCCAAGAACCCUCCACACACAUCUCCUCCAACAACAGCACAACACACAACUACUGGAGAGGCUCAAACAUCAAACUCACCUCGGCAAGCUCAUGUCCAAGUCCAGCGAGAAGCCCAGACUGCAUCAGAUCCCCUCUGAGGACAUGGACUCAGAGGACGGUGGUGGGAUGUCGCCCACAGAGCCGACCUAUCAGAGCAGAGUGAGGGCAGAGUCACUGAGGGAGGCGGAGCCUGCGGCAUCCAAUAACCACGAAGAGCAAAUUAACCUGCAACAUGCACUCAUACUCAACCAGUCACUGUUAUGGGAACAGCAGAAGCAGCUGCAGCAGCUGCAUCGACAGAUGGAGACCCUGGCGGUGCCCAUGCUACGCAGCGGUGGCGGCGGGGUGGGCAGCAGCUUGGGCGUCCAUCGCCCCCUGUCGCGUACACAAUCAUCCCCGGCCUCGACCUCUCUCACUCUGCCUGAGAAGACGCUGAGUUUGCCCCCUCAGGACACCAGCAGCAAAUUACACUUUACCACUGGUCUGGUGUAUGACUCCCAAAUGCUGAAGCAUCAGUGCACAUGUGGAGACAACAGCAGUCACCCCGAGCAUGCUGGGAGAAUACAGAGCAUCUGGUCUCGACUACAGGAAAGAGGCCUGCGCGGACAGUGUGAGAGUAUCCGCGGUCGUAAAGCAACGCUGGAGGAGCUACAGUCGGUCCAUACUGAGCGCCAUGUGUUGCUCUACGGCACCAACCCACUCAACAGACUCAAGCUGGAUAACCGCAAACUGGCAGGAAUCCUCUCCCAGAGAAUGUUUGUGAUGUUGCCAUGUGGGGGAGUAGGAGUUGACAAUGACACGAUCUGGAACGAGUCGCACACCUCCACGGCUUCACGCAUGGCGGCAGGCAGCGUCGUUGAGCUGGCCCACAGAGUGGCCAAAGGAGAACUGAAGAACGGCUUUGCUGUGGUCAGACCACCAGGACAUCACGCAGACCCCUCCAAUCCAAUGGGUUUUUGCUACUUCAAUUCAGUGGCAAUAGCCGCCAAGCAGCUUCAGCUCAAGCUCAGCGUCAGCAAGAUCCUCAUUGUUGACUGGGAUGUUCACCACGGUAACGGUACCCAAGAAGUGUUCUACAGCGACCCCAGCGUUCUCUACAUCUCGCUUCAUCGCUACGACGAUGGGAACUUCUUCCCCGGCAGUGGGUCGCCUGCUGAGGUUGGUUCUGGAGCAGGUGAGGGCUUCAACGUCAACGUGGCGUGGACUGGAGGACUGGACCCGCCCAUGGGAGAUGCUGAGUACCUGGCUGCAUUCAGGUCUGUAGUGAUGCCCAUCGCCCAGGAGUUCUCCCCCGAUGUCGUGCUGGUGUCGGCCGGAUUUGAUGCUGCUGAGGGAAACCCCGCUCCUCUGGGAGGGUACAAGGUCUCCGCCAAAUGUUUCAGCUUCCUGACCCGUCAGCUGAUGUCUCUGGCAGGCGGUCGUGUGGUUUUGUCCCUUGAGGGAGGUCACGACCUGACGGCUAUCUGUGACGCAUCUGAAGCCUGUGUCAGUGCUCUUCUGGGUAUACAGGAGCCGCUGUCAGAGGACGUGCUACUUCAGAAGCCCAAUGCUAACGCAGUCCAGUCACUGCAGACUGUCAUACAGAGACAAAGUCAGUACUGGCAGAGUGUGAAGGCUCAGAGUGGAUCAGUGGGUCUGUCCUACCUGGCCGCUCAGAGGAGAGACUGUGAGGAAACGGAUGCGGUCAAUGCUCUGGCCUCGCUCUCUGUGGGAGUUCUCUCCAACAAGAGCGGAUCAUCUUGUCCUCUCCCUUGUGUCCUCAUGUACUUUUUCACAACAUCCGUCAACCUUCUCUGUGGUCUUCCUCUUUUCCUCCUGCCCGGCAGCUUCAUCUUCAACAUCCUGUUGUCUAAGAUAAUCACUAUCGCUCCUCUGCACGUGACCAAACCAUCUCAACCUCCACUCUCUUACUUUAUCUCCAAAACGUUCAGAAUAAUAUCAACCGAUGCUAUUAUUUAAAUGAUCCAUACAGACUUUACACAGGGCGUUCGCGGGGUCUUAAAAAGUAUUAAAAGUUGAUAAGUCACCAUUUCUUGAGGUAUUACAUUUUAGUCCAUGGAGUUUGACUGUAAAAAUUAUGCAUGAAUGUAUUUAUUUUCCUCCCCGCGUUUGUUAAAACCAACCAUGAGCAUGAUUACUUAAAAAAGAUAUUGAAAUGAACUUCAGGAUUCCUGCACACACCCUGAAGCAGUUUUGUAACUGUGACAUAAGAGAGAAACAAAACAACAUACCACACUUUCAUAGUGUACAAUGUCCCCAUCUCUGCUCACUCCUCUUUUUCCCCUUUUUCUCCUCAGCCUUCCCGACGAGCCGAUGGAGCACGACAGUGACUCCAUGUAGACGAAGACGACCAAUCACCUCACAGAGUUUAGGAACAGGGGUCCAAACCUGUAGCCUCAGCUCCCUUGUGCAGUCACAUCGUCACAUCGCCACGACGGGGGACGCUUUUGUAAUACCUGAGCCCCACCCAUCUGCCUUAUUCACCACACACACACACACACACACACACACACGCAAGCAAGAACAUUCACCGACACACAAUGCUGAACCUCUACAGACCUGACAUGUGAUUCCACCUCAAUGCUGGUAACCUCUCAGAUGGAGCCAGCAGCAGCAGCAGCAGCAGCAGCAGCAGCAGCAGCACUACCUGCAGCUGGGAAACCUUCUGAAACCUCACCAAAGAGCAAUACAAAAAACAAAAAAAAGAAGAAGAACAUUCACGUGUGCUGACUUACAUUGGAUUGUGUGUGUGUAUGUUCAGAGGUGCAGAUCCACAGCUCUGUGACCAUAAAAAACCUAUAGGAAGAAACUGAAUUCAAGCGGAGCUGUGGUUCUUUCUUGAAGCACUAUAUACCAGCAGCUGUUUCGUUGCCUUAAUCUCUGCCUGAAGAUGAGGACCAAGAGUCGGGGUCCAGAAGGAGAUGAUGAGACGUUGGAUUACGAGUUAUUUUCUCUUGUGCCACAUUGCCUCCCAUGUCUCAGUUGAAGCAGCUGUCACCAAGUGGGACACAGAAUGAACCUACUGUAUGAUGUGGAGUGAAAAUCAUAUUCCAUGUACUCGCAAUACUAAUGGAUAAAAUGCAAAAAAAAAAAGUAAGCUGAGAAGAAGCAGCCACAUCAAAACGAGUAUGGAAAGGUGUUUUUUUUUUUUUUUUAAAUGACGUCACGACAUAUAGUUUAACCACUAAAAGAAGACGACAGAGAAUGCGAGGGACGGAGAGAAGAUGAAGACACAAUGUGGACCACUGUGGUUUUGUAGACACAAAGAAAAGGGCUCAUGUCCUCGUUGUUUAAUUGCACUGUUCAUUCCAUAAUGUGAACCGUAUGAAAUUCCAAAUCUCUGGGAAAAAAACAUCACACACACACACACACACACACACACACACACCUCCUCUCUCUAGGUUAUUUAAUAGUUUUUGAAGAUCUGGAUGAAAUGGUGUUUGCUAAUUUCCCAUGUCUUAUGACGCCUCUAAGGAGACGUAAAUACUGUGCAGUGGUAUUUCCUAUGAAGUAUAUUUUUUUCACUCCUCCUAAGUGUCUUACUGCACUCACACACACACACACACACAGACACACACUUUACACAAACCUUUACAUACAUGUACAAAGCAAGGGCAAACUAUGGAAGUACCGCGCGUAAUGAAUACUGUACGUCACUGUUUAUGUUUGAGACUAAAGGAGCAUUCCUUCCACCGGGACACCACUGAGGACCAUUGUAUUGUUCUAUGGUGGCGAUGAUGUUAACGCACUUAAUGGACAUCACCCAAAGAAAACUGCCUUGAAACAGCCCCCGACCUUGGCAACGGGACUGUAUAUGCAAAGCAGCACGAGGGACCAGUCUGAACAGUGCUCUUACAGUGACUCUGCUUAUUUUUGAACCUGUGGAUUUCCUACAGUAUAUGCAGACUUUUUGAUGAUGAGUACCGUGGCCUUGUCUGGGUUUAAUGUUUUCUUCAUUGUCUUAAAAAAAAAAUAGUUCCAGGUUGAAUCACAGUCCAUUCAUUUUGUUUGUGAGUGUUUUUGUUUUUUUUUCCCCCAUGCGUGACUCUCGUAUGCAGCCGUUCCUCUCGUCGCGUUCAGGCUCGACAAAUCAGGCUACAGUAGCUGUGUUGGUCGUCUUUGCAGUACAUUGAAAGACUUUUGUGAGCACCCUGCCGCGAGGGCAUGUAAGGGCUCUGCUCUUAGUUUAUUAUGUAGGGAAAACAAAGUUUCAUGCACACUAGGUUGGACCAAUUUAGUUUCUCUGUGAAUUAUGGCUGCAGAUAGCUGCAUCUAAAUAGAUCAAUUAAAUUAGAAUUUUCUAUCCCUUUGUUAUACUUCAGUUCUAAAGCUGCAUUUAGACACUAAAGGUUCAUUCUAAUGAAACCAAGACUCAUGAAUUUCAUAUUUUACUCGUACUGCUUUCACAGCUUAGAGUUUUCCUUUUGACUUUUUAAUCCAAGCAGCACAGUUGAAUUUUUACCUCUUGUUGACAGUUUGGAUAAAGAGAGAGAGACUUAAGUUAGUGCAGCUUGUGUAACACAAGGACUGAAAUCAGUGCAGUCUGCACAGCAAGUUCAUUCCACCUGCAUGCUGCAAGGACCUGAACAUCAGUAGUGUUCAGGUUUGGGGUAGUGAUGAGUUUUGACUUUUCUCACCGUCAGACCCUCGACAGAGUCUGCCCAACAGACAGCCUCAGAGCUUUUUUACGUUAGACACAGGAACAGCAGGUCCCUCCGUGGAACCUCUGCUCUUUCACCACCGCUCCGACAGGUAUUCUAUAACUGAGUGUGACCCAAGAGUGCGCCACUCUUUUCGUUUUUUUGUUCAUAGUGUUCAUUCAGUCUUACACAGCAGGUGCAUGCGGUGUCAAUGAAGUCACUGUCUCCCUGUGUGUGUGUGUGUGAGAGAGAGAGAGAAUGAGUACAUAUGUAAACUUCCAUGUUUUGUGUAUGCACCUGCGAGUAUGUUAGUGUGUGUGUCUGAUACUGUAAGUGACCUCUCCUUCCUGUAUUAUAUCCCAAGUAGCUGUUUCUUUUGUUGACUUAUGUAGAGGCCAGUGCUGCCUCAGCUCUUAAUUGUAAAUAGAAACUCCCAAGACCAAAAUACACAUGUCACACAUGUGCCUUGAUGCAUUCGGCAGCAUGUGUAUUGGUAACUCUUAACUAACUGGACUUACAGUAACUCUGUGUAUCUAUAAACGUGACAUUGAAAACUUUAUUUCAUGCUUUCAUCCUUUUAAUAUUUACCUGUGUGUUAUGUUUUCCCCCUUCAGUUUCCUACCAUGUGUAUGUAUAGAAAGAUUCUCUAUUUUUUACUGUUAUUUUUUGUCUUUUCCUCUUGAUUAAAAAAAAUAACUUCCAGUAUGAACCAA